AUGCAAGAGAGGUUCACAUCUCGCUGUCCAGUUCCCGAACUGCAGGAGUGCUGCAGUGUGGAGGAGCUCACAGAGUGGGCUCAGAGGGAGAAGUUGGGCACCAAGUUCGUGUCUGCCAUUGGGGAGGUUGUGAAAAAUGGCGGGUUGCGGAAGGUCAACGACAAAUUUUUGUUGGAAGAAUUGAAAAUUCGACUUCCACCGAUGCGGCGGACAAUCCUCAAUGCGAUCAAGCGACAGCUUGUCGGAAAUAAGACCGUCCGCUUCGGGGAGGUGGAGAAGUUUGAGCCGAUCCUUAUGAACAAACCCAAGUUCAGCAAGUGUCCGUGGAUCGACCUUGCAGAAAUUGAAGAACGGAACGACCACGCGACUUUGCGGGCCGCCAUGAGGACCUGGCGCUUCUGCGCCACUGGCCUCGAUGGUCAAGAGGAGAGAUCCUUAAUGGACGAUGCCUUUAAUGCUUGGAAACCCAAGCCGAAGGGAAUAUUUGAGAUGUUCCAGGAUUUGUUGGAAGGUGUUGGAGCUUUCUUUGUUUCGAUGCCCUGUUGCUGCAGGGAGAAACCUUUGGAGUGA